ACGACACAGUCCAGCUCCGCACCCACCGACCUCCCUUGUCCCGGCAACAGCUAAACCAGAAGCCGCGGUCUCUCCCGGUCAUAGUUUCACUCGAUCCGAUAAUCAUUUCGCACAUCGUUUCAAAAAAAAAAAAAAAAUUAUUUUUUUUCUCCAUUCUUUUCGUUAUUUAUCAAAAAGAAAGAAAUUUCUUUAAAUUUCAAACGAAAAAAAAAUCGAAACGAAGAGAGAGAAGGUAAGAAAAAAAACCAAUCCUCCGACGGAAUAGGAUGGGAUGCCGGUACCAGAUACGUUUUCUCGCUUGGAGGAUAAAAGCAAGUCGAGUGGCAGUCGCGGAGUUCCGCGGAAUUCGGCGUUUCUUAUAUUAGCCGGCGCGCUUUCAGAGCGGCAGGGUAGGAUCCGCAAAAGGAGAGAAUAACUAAGUCUGGUCCUUCGAGUCUAUCGGUCGAGAAAGGGAUCGAGAGAGGGAUCGAGAGAGAGAGAGAGAGAAGAGAGUCCCUUUUUCUACCAUCGGACUGCAAUUUACAUUGGGUCCGGUCGCGGAUUUACAUUGACACGCGUGUAAAAACAUUUCCGUCCCUCUCCCCCCUCCUCUCAUCCCAGACGCACGGGGUGAACCGAUGGGAUUCAAUUUUAGACGAUCGAUAAUCUUUUAAGGACCAGUCUAUCAAAAACUGUCGUUAAAAAUCCACAAGACCCCUAUAAGUGUAUUUUUCUUUCUCUAAACCAACUUUUUAAAACUUUUACAAUUAUUUCAUUUUGAAGGAGAGAAAAAUAAGGGAGUGGUGGCGUUGAUUGGAGACUGUCUCCGAUUUGACAAAGGAUUAUUAUUUACAAAGUGUGCGAAGAAAAGAAAUAGAAAAACAUUUUCUAUUCCUGUAGUGAGAAAGUGUUAUAAAGGUGUCAAAAGAAGAAAACAGUGCUGCAUAAAUGAGAAGAGGUGUUUUGAUCAAAAAUUGAAAGACGGAAUUGGAAAGCUAAAUUUGACACCUAUAAAAAAAAAAAUGACUCGAAACCUUUACCAUUUUCGUUACUUCGAAUAUUCGCCAAUGCUGAACAUUUGAAAAAUGCGAAAAUUGGAUUUUUAACAAAAGUGAAGUGUGGAUUUUCUGUUUCUUUAAAGUAUUAAAAAUAGUGAGGUGGUGACUCUUGUUGUUUAAUUUUUUUUUAAUCGCGGGGGAGAAAACGAUUUUAGACUGGAGCUGUAUUUGCCGUACGCACCACUGCCGGGGGGUGGAGGAAUCCUCCCGGCGGUGACAUCCGGGGUUGCAAUUGGAGCCGGAAGUUGUCGACCAGUUUUACUCGGUGGUGUCGAUCUUUCCAUGUCGGCUGCCGUACAAUCGGCGCAAAAUGGGCCGCAGUCCCACAAUUCUCUACAUCCGUCUGGUGGGCUCUCAUCACUUCCUCUACUUGGCUCUGGCACGGUGAUGAUGCCCCGUCCACCUCUCGGUUCAGUUCCCUCUCUUGGUCCAGCUCAUCCUCCGUCGCAUCACGAUGCCGCUGAUCUCGCCGACGCAUCGCCAAAUUCUGACGUUCUCCUUGCUCUACUCGCGAGGAAUAAAAAUCUCGAAGAACGUGAGCAAGAAACCAAAAGCCCUUUUGUGAUCAAGGAAGAACCUACGAUACCAAAAUGUGGUGGUUGUCAGAAGGUAAUUUUGGAUAGGUUUAUCCUGAGAGUUUUAGAACGAUGUUGGCAUGCGAGAUGCCUCACGUGUCGAGAUUGUGGAAGCAGACUUUCGGAAAAAUGUUAUGCCCGAAAUGGUCACGUAUUUUGCAAGGAAGACUUUUUCAAGUGUGGCAGGCGUUUCGGGACAAAAUGCGCUGGAUGUGGCUCGGGUGUGGCCCCUUCGCAGAUGGUACGCAAAGCCGUGGUUGCCAAAGAAGGCCAGGUGCCCCAAGAAUUAGUCUAUCACCUUCCCUGUUUCUCCUGUGCCAUGUGCUCGAGGCAACUAGGUACUGGAGACGAAUUUUACCUCAUGGAGGACAGAAAACUUGUCUGCAAAGCUGAUUACGAACAAGCCAAGGCCAAAGAAUUGGCCGAUGGAGGAAGUAUCGAUGGUGAUCAACCGAAUAAAAGACCACGAACAACGAUCACUGCAAAACAAUUGGAAACCCUAAAAUUGGCGUACAACCAAAGUCCAAAACCAGCAAGGCAUGUUCGUGAACAACUUUCAACAGACACAGGACUCGACAUGCGGGUCGUUCAAGUCUGGUUCCAAAAUAGGAGGGCGAAAGAAAAACGGCUGAAAAAAGACGCCGGAAGGACAAAAUGGUCGCAUUAUUUCCGAGGGGCUGGCAUAAAAGGAAACGGAAUUGGAGGUCAUUCUCCAAGGCACGAUAAGCUCCUUGAUAAGGAUGAACUCAAAGUCGAUCUUGAUUCUUCCUACGGUCACCAUGACUUGAGCAAUGAUAGUUAUGGAACUGUGGUGAAUAUGGGAUUGGAUGGAGAUGGUGCGAGUCCUGGAGGAGGAGGAAGCGGUGGUAAUAGUGGACCACCACGUGGUUACCUGGGUGCCACAACGCCCCCUUAUCAUCUUUCAACGUCCAGAUCGCCGUCCUUGCCACCCCAAUUUCAAUAUCCCCAUGAUGCUGGGCUUUCUGUUUACACCACUCUCGGAGGACCAGGUGGAAUGGUACCGGGUCCAGCUUCUGACUUGAGCAAUGAAUCAAGCGGAGGUGGAGGAGGCGGUGGAGGCGGAGGCCCUGGUUAUCCCGAUUUUCCACCCUCGCCGGACUCUUGGCUCAGUGAACCACCAUCUCAUCCUCAUCAUCACCAUACUCAUUACGCCACAUAACCCUCCAAAACUCAAUCCACGAAUACCGUAUAGAAUAACGCAUUUUUCUUUACAAAUGAAAAACGCGAUUUAUAAUUAAUAUAAAUUACGAAAUUCUCGAAUUUCCAAUAAAUUGAGAAAUUCAAGAUUAAAAAAAAUAUAUAUUUUUUCUUUCUAUUAAUAUUUUUUUUAAUAUUAUCGCUGUUGGAUAUUAAUGAGAAAUUGUCUCUUAAAAAAAAAAUUUAUAAUUUUUUUAAGUUCGUUUUUUUUUGUUAUAUUACGAAUAGUAAAUAUAUAUAAUAUAUUUUUAUUUUAGUGAAAAAAAAGUGAUUGACCUCCCUCCCGAUCGAUAGAUGAAAUCUUCGCGGGAAUCGUGUAUAAAAGAUUUUUUUUUAUUUUCGGCGUUAUUCUAAGCUGUAUUUGACGCCGUCCCUUCCGUUUACUCUUAAAAAUGCAAAUGAGAAAAAAAUGCCACCGGAUUAAAACGGCUCCGAUUGUCUUAAACUAAUUAAUAAUCACGCGCCACUCAUUACCGUAGAUACACAUAAUUGAUAUUACGAGUAAUAUAGAUAUAUUUAUGUACAAGUUCCUCGUUUCCGAUAAACUUCAAGAAAAAAAAAUCGACGUAAACUCCCUAGACUUGUAGUUUCGUUCUCGAGCCUCGAUCAAAAUCAAGAAAACUUUUUUUUUUACCAAUUUUUAAUCUAUUUUAUUUUCUAUUUUAUUUCUUUAAAUUUUUCAAAGAUUUGACAUUAUUAUUUCAAUCUUGUUUCGAUUGAGGCUCAAUUAUCUACCAUGCUUUUUUUUCAACAGGUAGGAAUUAAAUUCUCAUAUUGUAAAUAAUUCUAUCAUUCUAACACGUGGCUCUUAAAGAUCGCAGCAUACUUCGUUCAUUACAACGCAAAUUUUUAAUCUCUGAAAACUAUUUGAAAAUAAUCAAAUGAAUUUUAAAAAAAUUGCAAACUGGAGCGUUUUGAUAAUCUGUCUUCUUCCGUAAAUUUUUCAAAAACAAUCGUUUUAAAAGUGCAUAAAAUUUGUGAAUAAUCAAAAACGUUUACUGUUAAUUAAUAUUAAUUAAGAGCAAUUGUUUACUAUGAAAAAAUGAAUUUUCGUCUCGCUACAAUACAGCGCACAAGAAAUUGUUUUCUAAUCAUAUUUUUCCUUUUCUUUUCACCGCAAAAAAAUAAUUAUUAUCGUUAAACAUUUUUUUUUUGCCUUCUAAUAAUUUUUCGUUUGAAAAUCAUUUUUCCCUCACAAUUUUAA